AUGUCUUACAACGACGAUAACCGCUCUGGGGGCUAUGGUGGCGGCGGUAACUCUGACAGCUACGGAUCCUCCGGUGGUUCUGGUGGAUACGGUGGCAGUGGUGGUGGCGACAGUGGCAGCUACGGCUCUUCGGGCACCACUGGAAGUGCUGCUUACGGAUCUGGAGCCACAUCCGGCGUCGGAUACGGCAACAAGUCUUCCGGCUUAGACGAAACUGGUGCUCUUGGCUCGGGUUAUGGGUCAGGCGGUCGCGACAAUUCCAGCGGAGGUGGAUUAGGCAACACUGGCUCAAGCGGCAGCGAUGCAUACUCUGGAGCGACCGAGUAUGGCAGUGGAUCUACUGGCGGAGUCGGCAGCGGAAACAAGACCUCCAGCGGAUUCGGAGGCAGCAGUGAUUCUGACUACAAGGGUUCGGAAUAUGGCAAUACCACAAGCUCGUACUCUGGAGGAACUGAGCACGGUUCGGGAACUACUGGCGGUGUUGGCUAUGGCAAUAAGACUUCCGGCUAUGGCGAUGACAAUGAGUCUAGCGGAGGUGACUCCAAAAUGGGGAAGCUCAUGGAAAAGGCUGGAGGCAUGUUCGGCAAUGAUAAUCUUGAGCGCAAAGGUGCUGAGAAGCGUGAUCAGGCUGGCGGAGGUGAUUCCUACGGAAGUUCUCGCAAUGAUUACUAG